AGUUCCCCGCGUCUCCGAGUUGCCUGAGUUGGCGGCGCUGUGCGGGUAACCGGGCAGUCCUCUGAGCCCCAUUCCCUUACCCGCUGCCGGGCCAGACCUGCACGCCGGGGAGCCUGGGCUCCUGAGCUCUCGUCCCAGCCCCAGGCAGGGCAGAAGGCGGGCGGGCGAGCCCCAGGCGGAGGCGCGAUCAGCCCGCACGCACCCUGCGUGGCUUCUGCUGUCUCCAUGGCGUCCUAUCAGCAAUCCCGCAUCCAGGCUUACCUGGAGAAGAACAAGAUCGGUCCCCUGUUUGAGGAAUUAAUGACCAAAUUAAUAACUGAGACACCUGACCAGCCCAUCCCAUUCCUCAUUGACCAUCUUCAGUCCAAGCAAGGAAACCGAGGGCAGCUUCAGCGAACUUUAUCCGGAUCUGCAGCUCUCUGGGCAGAAAGUGAAGCAUCAGAACAUAAAGGAGCAAGAAGGGAUGUGAGAAGCUAUGAUAAGCCUUGGCAAUUAAAUGCAAAGAAGCCCAAAAAGUCAAAAAGUGACCUUGCUGUCUCUAAUAUUUCUCCACCGUCACCAGAAUCCAAAUCAUUGUCAAGGUCAGUAGAUCAUCCUAAGUGGAACUGGCGAACUAAACCAGAAAGCCGUGAUUUUGAUGAAUUGAACCACAUCCUUCAAGAGAGCAAGAAGCUGGGAAAGGCCCUUGAGAAGCUCUCUCGAAGUAUUGCAAUUUCAGAUGAACUCGAUAAGGAAACAGUGGCAUUUACUUCUACUCUUCUAAGACCCCGUGUGAUUGGAGAAUGGAUUGGUCGAGAAGAGAAUGAUGCUGAUCCAUUAGCAGCCGAAAUGCUACAGCCCCCAAUUCCAAGAAGUAAAAAUGAACCAUGGGAAAGUGAAGAUAGCAGCUCUAGCCCCACUGGAAGCUUAAAGGUGGAACCCAAGACUAAGGGACUAAAGCAACAGCAGCAGCAACACAAGAAACUGCUGGCGGCAAUGCUCUCCCAGGAUUCUUUUGAGUCUGUUCACAGCCCUACCCCACCGGUAACAGAAGAAGAUAUUGAUAAUGAAGACGAUGCAAUGGAAUUGCUGGAGGAUCUUGAUGACUUAAGAAUGGAGGGAGUAACUACUCUGGCACCUUCUGGGAGCAAAUUUAAUCAAGGUCGUGCUACUCACCCUGCUGAACUUCAGGCCAAGGUCACACUGAACAUCUGUUCAAGGUGUGCCAGACUUCAAGGAGACAACUUGGCAGAAAGAACAGAAGAGACGUCACAAAUACUUCCUUCUCCAGAUGAAAUAAUCCUGGACUCUUUGAAUUCUUUACCUGGGACUGAAGAAGCACUAAUGGAGGAGGGUGGAGAAUUGGAAAUAGCAUCUAAAUUAACAGGACCUGGAGAAGCCCCCAGUGGAGGACAGUCAUUGAAAAGCUACAUGGAAGAAGAUGAUUCUUUAAAGCAAUUGCAGGUGGUUCACCAACCAUGGAUCUUGCCAAGUGACACAGAAAGCGAAGGAGUGGAAGCAGAACAAGAGAAACGUUCUACCGACCUUCUUCUUUGUGUUCCGUGCUCUUCUUGUCCUACUCUGGUCUACUCUGGUCUGUGAAACAGGCAGAGAUUGCAAGUGGUCCUUAAGAAAAUUGAAAUUAUUCAAAUACUUAUGUAUAAUCCUAAUUUUAUUUACUAUGUGUAAUCAUUUAAAGAAUGGUUAUUUUUAUAGUAUCAAUAACAAACAAGUACUCUUGUUACAAUGGGGGUGCCAGUAAUCAUGGAACACUAACCUUGGCAAAGGAUUCUGGGUGGUCAGCAUGCCUGCUGCCUUUUGACAUGGUUGGUGCCCUGGGUUUAGAUUACUCUAGCUAUUAAGGUUACUAUUUGAUACACUAAAUAUUGCCUGAUUCAAAAGACUUGGCUUAAAUUUUUUCUGUAUUUUAACUUGUCUGGGAUUUUUCUAUUUCUUAUAUUUUUAUAAUAUUUUCUCAUUUUUUAGAUUAAUAAACAUUAUACUUACCCACAUGUGCCAGGAUGUGCCACUUGGGUAUCUCUGGGAGUUAGCUGUUGUUCAGUGUCAUGACCUGCCCUAUAUGUUCUGUGCAGAGUGAGGUGCAUUCUCCACCACUGAUCCUUUCUGCAAUUAUUGUCUCUGCUCCUUACAAAAACACAUAAUUGAUAUGUUAAUUCAAUAAAGCAGAUCAAUAAGGAAUGAAAUGCAUGCCCCAACGCAUAUGCAAUGAAAACUGACCAUUUAUGCAGUUAUUGAACCCAACUAAGACUAUCCAUUUUAAAGUUGAUAUGUGCUUGCUUUUGGAAUGUGUUAUGCAUUGAUGCAAAGUGAAUGGAUCUAAGUAAUUUAUUGGGCAUCUCAACUGUUUUAAUUGUCUUAACCUAAGUUUUCUUUCUGGACCUUUAAGGCAUAUGAUUAAAUGAUAAAACUGCCUGUAUAACUGUCAAAGAAACAAAUGUUAAAGGCUAGAACCUGGCUAAAGAAUAAACAAAGAAGUUCCUAUUGUA